AACAAACGAGACCCCAGGACAGCGUCCCCCUGCAGAACUCGGAGCCCGCGAUGGCCAAGCCCCAGGUGGUCGUCGCCCCGGUGCUGAUGUCCAAGCUGUCUGCGAACGCCCCUGAGUUCUACCCCUCGGGUUAUUCCAACUACACGGAAUCCUAUGAGGAUGGCUGUGAGGAUUAUCCCACUCUAUCUGAAUAUGUUCAGGAUUUCUUGAAUCAUCUUACAGAGCAGCCUGGCAGUUUUGAAACUGAAAUUGACCAGUUUGCAGAGACCCUGAAUGGCUGGGUUACAACAGACGAUGCUUUGCAAGAACUGGUGGAACUCGUCUAUCAACAGGCCACGUCCAUUCCAAAUUUCUCCUACAUGGGAGCUCGCCUGUGUAAUUACCUGUCCCAUCACCUGACAAUUAGCUCACAGAGUGGCAACUUCCGCCAAUUGCUACUUCAAAGAUGUCGGACUGAAUAUGAACUUAGAGAUCAAGCUGCAAAGGGGGAUGAAGCAACUCGAAAACGAUUCCAUGCGUUUGUGCUCUUUCUGGGAGAACUUUAUCUUAAGCUGGAGAUCAAAGGAACAAAUGGGCAGGUUACAAGAGCAGAUAUUCUUCAGGCUGGUCUUCGGGAGUUGCUGAAUGCCCUCUUUUCUAACCCUGUGGAUGAUAACCUAAUUUGCGCAGUAAAAUUACUAAAGUUGACAGGGUCAGUGUUGGAAGAUGCCUGGAAGGAAAAAGGAAAGACGGACAUGGAGGAAGUUAUCCAGAGGAUUGAAAAUGUCGUCCUGGACGCGCACUGCAGCAGAGACGUGAAGCAGAUGCUCUUGAAGCUUGUAGAGCUCCGGUCAAGUAACUGGGGUAGAGUCCAUGUAACCUCAACAUACAGAGAAGCAACACCUGAAAAUGACCCCAACUAUUUUAUGAAUGAACCAACAUUUUAUACAUCUGAUGGUGUUCCUUUCACUGCAGCUGAUCCAGAUUACCAAGAGAAAUAUCAAGAGUUACUUGAAAGAGAAGACUUUUUUCCAGAUUAUGAAGAAAAUGGAACAGAUUUAUCAGGCGCUGGUGAUCCAUACUUGGAUGAUAUUGAUGAUGAGAUGGACCCAGAGAUAGAAGAAGCUUAUGAAAAGUUUUGUUUGGAAUCAGAGCGUAAGCAAAAACAGUAAAGUUAAAUUUCAAUGUAUCAGUUUUAUAAAGCAGUUUAGGUUAUGGUGACUUAGCAGAACACAGGAAAGCAGGAAAAUGUGUCACACUUAUACCAAAUUAAGGAUGUUGAGUUAUGUUACUAAUGUAUGCAACUUUAAUUUUGUUUAACACUCUGCCAAAAUAAACUUUAUCCCCUAUAACUUAAAAUGUGUAUAUAUAUAAGAUAGUUUAUUAUGUACAGUUAAUUCUACUGUUUUGGCUGCAAUAAAAUCGAUUUUGAAAUAAAUGAAAUGUUGAAAGUAAGUUUUGCUAGCUGAUUAGAAGCUUAUCCUUUAAAUUCAGCUUUUCUCGAAGGAAAAUGUCUUAGUGUGGAAAUACAUAUUACUGCAAAAAUGUAGCAUCCUUUUUUAAGAGAUGAGUAUAUAGCUUUCAUUUAGUUUUACAUUGAGUGUCUCAAUGAAUUGGGUUUCAAGUAUGAGUCACAAUCAUAAAAAUCUCUGGCACUAAAGUCUUAGAAUAUAUAAUUAAUUUAUUUACAUAUCCAGAUGUUAUUUGAUACCAAGGGCUUUUAAAAUAGAGUUAGAACUUCCAACUAAACAACCAAGAGUCUUCACUGAGGAUACAUUGCAAUUCUAAAUUGUUCAAAUUUUUCACCUGAUUUCAUUACCCCACAGCCCAGGACAUUAUUCUACUUUCUUUAUAUGGCUUUCUCAUUUUUAUUUGGUAGCAUGCGUUGCAUUGACUUUUUUACUAGAGAAUUUUGCUAGAUCUUUGUCACUCAAGUUUUCAUCUGCUUUGUAAUUGAUACACCUUGAGGAUCACUUUUCUAAUACUUUUACUAUAAUGUGGUACCACCUCAGUCCUAUUUUUACCAAAUGUCAAAAAUCUUUUUCCAACUAACGACAAGUAAAGCUUAUGUACAAAAGGAUUGCUUGUAAAUAUGCAUGUAAAUAGUUCUGUUAAUAACCCACUGUUUCACAUUUGGUACACCUGUGUCUGCUACUACAGUUAGCUUUCCCACUUUUCUGCUUGUUUGUUCAGUCUGGAUUAAAAUUAGUCUUUGAAAAUAAAAUUGAAAUAGUUUUGUUUCCUCUAA